AUGCGGUCUUCACAGGAAAUUGUCCAAGCGGGGCGGCAAGUGUUCCCGUCGCCCGACUUCAGCUCCAACGGCACCAUGGCCGCGGCCGUCGUCGAAGACAGUUGUGCAUUUGGAUCGACAAAAUACUUUUUGCUUUGCGGGCUCGGCGGUUUCUUGUCGUGUGGUAUAACUCACGCAAUGGUCACACCCCUGGACUUGGUGAAAUGUCGCUUACAAGUCGACCAAGCCAAAUACAAGAACGUUGUUCAUGGUUUCAAGGUAACACUAAAAGAAGACGGUGCUAAAGGGUUGGCCAAGGGAUGGGCGCCCACUUUCUUAGGGUAUGCCGCUCAAGGCAUGUGCAAAUUUGGAUUGUAUGAAGUUUUCAAAGUGCAUUAUUCGGAGAUGAUUGGUGAAGAGAACGCAUACGUGUACAGAACAGCGUUGUACUUAGCUGCAUCCGCAUCUGCCGAGUUUUUCGCUGAUAUUGCACUCAGCCCAAUGGAAUCUGCAAAAGUUCGUAUCCAAACUCAACCAGGAUUUGCUAACACUUUAAGAGAAGCUUUACCGAAAAUUCAACAAUCUGAAGGAUUGAAUGGAUUUUACAAAAGUUUAGUGCCACUAUGGAUGAGACAAAUCCCUUACACCAUGAUGAAGUUCGCAUGUUUUGAAAAGACUAUUGAAUUGCUGUACAAAUAUGUAGUGCCCAAACCUAGGGCAGAAUGCUCUAAAGGUGAACAAUUGAUUGUGACAUUUGGAGCUGGUUACAUUGCUGGUGUAUUCUGUGCUGUUGUUUCCCAUCCUGCUGACACGUUAGUGUCUAAAUUGAAUCAGGCUAAGGGUGCGUCUGCUGGAGAUAUUGUUAAGAAAAUUGGAUUUAUGGGAUUAUGGCAAGGUUUGGGACCAAGGAUUGUAAUGGUAGGAACAUUGACAGCCGCUCAAUGGUUUAUCUAUGAUGCAGUUAAGGUCUUCUUCAGAUUACCCAGACCACCACCACCAGAAAUGCCAGAGUCUUUGAAGAAGAAAUUAGCCGUACAAUAAUAUUAUGUAAUAACAAUAAUGAUGGUUCUAGACAAUAUUGAGUUAUUUAAAAAAUAUAUUAAA